AUGCGCUUCUCGCGGUCGCUGUCCAGCCCCCGGACACCGGUGGAGGUACAGCGCGCAGGCCGUGCGGCAUUCCGGAACUCCGGAAUGCUCCAGGUCUUGAUCGAACAGUGGACAGCGUGUUCUGGCUGCUGGUCUCAAAGCGAUUUUUACUAUCAGGUAAAGCAGCGGAGGCGACAUCGCCAGAUGGGAUCACGAAAAUGGAUGUGUAAAAGUGAGAUAGAAGCAAAGUUCGGAUCGAAAGAAGUAGCCCAGCAAAUCAUUGCUGCCAAGAGCAGUGAUCCAGAGAUUGCCCAGUCGCACAUCCGUGCGAAUCCGGACUUGCACGGAUUGGACAGCGAAGAAACCCGACAAUACCUGAUAUGGGAUCACGACGGGGACGAAAGCGUGGUUGACAACGUCACGACAACGUUGUUUGCAGCAGCAGACAAGGAUGAUGGUAGGUCCAAAACCAGAGCAGUGAAGGACAAGAAAGGACGCAAGAAAGACGAAGACAAAGGCAAGAAGAAAAAGAAGUCAUCAAGUUCCGACAGCAGUUCAAGCUCUGUCAGCUCCAAGAAGUCAAGCUCCACGCCACGCAAGGAGGCACACCAAGAGCUUUGGAAUCCAAAUGACAAGAAGCAUCCGAAGAAAGGUAAGAAAGGUGGAAAGAAGGUGAAGAAAGAUAAAGCCAAGAAAGGCAAAGGCAAGAAGAAGUCUUCUAGCUCAUCAUCAUCGUCUGAACCUCGCGAAACUGAAGAGGAACGAAAGAAGCGAGAAGAGAAAGAGAGAGCUGAGGAAGAGAAAAGGAAAGCAGCUGAGAAGGAGAAGGAGAAAAAGGAAGCAUUCAAGAAAGAUCUACGAAAGGGGACUCAGGCGCUCUCGAAGAUCUGCAGCCUGAUUGCAAAAGCCACAACUCUUGAUGACCGCCUUCGCAAUAUGAGUGCAUCUGUGAAAGGGGCCAUCUUGGCGGAAGUGACGCCCCACUUGUCCAAAAUGAAGAGUGCCCGCGACCGCUUGCAGAAAUCCUGCGAUGCCGCCAAGGUGGAUGCACUGGGAUCAGUGCUGGAGGAUGCCAACAAGAGCGAUGCGGCUGGGAGUGGUUUCACCCAGAAUGUGGAGAUGCUUGCCACCCUGAUGUACUUCAACUUGGUGGACGCGCAGCCGCCAGUGCUGUCUCGAGGGCCAAGUCCCGUCGCGCCAGAGGAGACUGCAGAGGACCUGGCCGAAGCGCUUCGGUGCUUCAAAGCCGGCGACUUCCAAAAUGCGAUUCCACUGGCGCGCAAGGAGCUGCCGGAAGACCCCACAGAUGCGGGGGACGCUUGGAGGGCGGCGAUGGAUCGCUUAGCGGCAGCUCAUGAGACAGCGGGAGAUGUGGAGCGGGCGGAAGCCUUGUACUUGCGGAUGUUGGCUUGGAGAGAAGGAGCUGAUCAGUUUGAGGCCGGGAACUUCGAGGUUGGCCACAUGCUCUUCAAGAAGAGUUGCAGCUACAGGUCGGUGGAGGACGCCACAUGGUUCUUGCACCACGUGAAGCCGGACGAUGGGCACGUGGGACUGGAGGCUGUGGCUCUCUUGGCCUUGGGCGAGGAGGUUGCCGCCAAAGCCGCCAUCGCUGUAUGGACCUUAGCACUGAGAGCCUCUCAAAGAGAGCAGCUCACUGUAGCGGGUGCCCUGGAGCUGACAGCCAAGGCCAUCGCCUUCCACGGGAACAAUGCGGAGCUCCAGGCCGCAGGCUGCGGCCUGCUGCGGCUCCUGUGUGGCGGUCAUCGGUUGGCCGCCCGGAACCGCCGUCGCUUGGUCUUCCUGGGCGGGGUGGAGUCGGUGCUCUCAGCGAUGCAGAACUUCCCCGAGGACUGGGAGGUGGCUCGUGAAGCCUGUGGCGCUUUGCGGGCCAUGGCGCAUAAGAAUCCGGCCCCUCGCAUGAGAAUUCGAGUGUCUCGCAGGUCUCAGGCAGGCGACAGGUCUGAACAGAGCGAAGAAGGUUGGUUUGAUGGGGUUGUUGGAGCUGAAAAUCUCAGGUGA